AGGUAUUCAACCACCGCUGAUCCGGGACGCUACCGACAUAAACGCAGCUUGCGGCUUCCCAAAGCCUCGGCGUCCAAGACAAUUCAAACCCGUCUUUGCCGCCUUAGUCCGGAGUGCGGCGUGCCAGGCAUAUCACGGAUCCACGUGCGCAUCAGGCCAUCUUUGGCAUUUUUCAAAGAUUACCGCUCCGUUGCCAACGAAUAUCCGUUCCAAGUACUCUUCAAGAGCAAGACAUCAAGAACUAUUAGGCGGGAGCAGCGUCUCCCGAAUCCUCAACCGUUGCGUUCGCCAUUCGAGAAACAAGACCCCAUCGUACUCCACCACGGCGGGAAACCCAUUCCACUCGACGUCCAUCCCCAGCCACGCGAGAAGCUUGCCAACGAUGCCCAGCACCAAAUCCGCCAAUCCCAGCCUUUUCUCUCCCAAAUGAGCCGGGAUAUCCCAUCCCCCUGCUGCCAAACGUUUUUAAGCUAA